ACUACACAUAAUAACAAUCAGAAGAAGAAGGCUAGCUAGUUUAGCCAUAUCUGGCUAGCACGUUUGGUUACUUGAAUUGAGGUAAUGCUGGCUAAUUGCUAAUAAUCCGGAUUUAACAAGAACAGUCCGUAUUUAUAACGUCAUUUUCGGGAUGCUGAUUUAUUUCUGAUACUCGUAAUUACCCGUGUCGCUUAAAAGCCCGCCGGCGCGUCAGAAUGUUAACCGGGCUUGAAAUGUCUGGACAGUUCACCUGAAUUAGGGGCUAAAGGGCCUCAGAGCCGCGGUGCUCGCGUGAAAGACGACCCGGGAAUCCCUGAAGGACGGACGGAGCCUUCACUCCUCAGGCUAGCAGGAGCUCACUGGGAAAAAAAAACAAAACCCUGUCCCGAAAGAUGUCACACACCGGACCCCCUCCGCGGUGGCGGAAUUGUCCCAGGAGAGGGCAACCUGUGGCAGGUAAAUUCUUGCCCAUGAAAACGAUGUUGGGUCCCAGAUAUGAUGACCAAGUAGCAGAGGAGAACAGGUUUCACCCGAGUAUGCUGUCCAACUAUUUAAAAAGUCUCAAAGUGAAAAUGGGUUUACUUGUUGAUCUGACGAACACUACUCGCUUUUAUGACCGCAACGACAUCGAAAAAGACGGCGUGAAAUAUGUGAAGCUUCAGUGUAAAGGCCACGGGGAAUGCCCUUCAAAAGAGACGACGACAAUGUUCAUCCGGCUCUGUGAACACUUCAUCGAGAAGAAUCCCACAGAAUUAAUAGGUGUCCACUGCACGCAUGGCUUCAACCGGACGGGUUUCCUGAUGUGUGCGUACCUGGUGGAGAAGAUGGACUGGAGCGUGGAGGCAGCUGUAGCAGCUUUCAGCCAGGCUCGAUCCCCCGGGAUCUAUAAGGGAGACUACCUCAAAGAGCUUUUCCGUCGUUAUGGUGACGAAGAGGACGCACCCCCUGCUCCCGCGCUCCCAGAGUGGUGCUUCGACGACGAGGACAGCGGCGAAGUGGACGAUGACGGUAACGCUGUCGGCCAGGAGUCGGGCCCCAGCUCCUCUGGAUCGGCGCCCGGCAAACGGAAGAAAGAGAAACUAAAACUGGGUGCAGUAUUUCUCGAAGGCAUCACAGUGAAAGGCGUCACGCAGGUCACCACACAACCCAAACUAGGAGAAAUCCAAAGACGGGUUCAGGAGAUGGCCGAGUGGGACAGGUCUGGGUUUCCUGGUGCUCAGCCCGUCUCCAUGGACAGGCAAAACCUUCGUUUCCUGGAAAAGAAUCCGUACAAAGUGAGCUGGAAGGCCGACGGCACACGGUACAUGAUGUUAAUCAACGGUAAAAACGAAGUGUUCAUGGUCGACAGGGACAACACGAUCUUCCACAUAGCAAACCUUGAGUUUCCUUUCCGGAAGGAUCCACGAUCCCACUUAUCAAAUACUCUCCUGGAUGGGGUGAGAAUGAUCAUCGACAAAGUGAACGGUCAUCCCGUCCCCCGCUAUUUGAUAUACGACAUCAUCAAAUUCAACGGUCAACCGGUUGGUCAGUGUGACUUUAAUAUCAGACUGUUAUGUAUAGAAAAAGAGAUAAUUUCUCCCCGGAUGGAAAAGAUGAAGACGGGACAGAUUGACAAAACCAAGGAGCCCUUCAGCGUCCGAAAUAAACCAUUCUUUGACAUUCAUGCGUCACGCAAGCUACUUGAAGGCAGCUUCAUGUCCCAGGUCAGCCACGAAGUCGACGGGCUUAUCUUCCAGCCGUGCGGGAGAUACAAGGCGGGGAGGUGUGAUGAGAUCCUGAAGUGGAAGCCCCCCAACCUGAACUCUGUGGACUUUCGCCUCAAGAUCACCAAAGUCGGAGGAGAAGGGCUGCUUCCACAGACUGUCGGUUUGCUCUACGUCGGCAACUAUGACAGGCCCUUUGCGAACAUGAAGGCAACUAAAGAGCUGAAACAGUACGACAACAAGAUCAUCGAGUGCACCUUUGCCAGUAACACCUGGGUGUUCAUGAGGCAGAGGGUGGACAAGAGCUUCCCCAACUCCUACGACACGGCCAUGGCUGUGUGUAAAAGCAUCCAGGAGCCCGUCACGAAGGCAAUCCUCCUGGAGUACGUGGACCGCUGUGCCCAGGCAGUCCAAGCACAGAACCGGAAACACCCACCAGACCCAGACUCUGAGCUAACCCCUCCCCCUCCAAAGAGACCCAACAGGCCUUAGCCCACAGCGGGGCUUUCCGGACUGCUUUACAGUCAUUAUGUGCAUCUACAUCACCAGCCACAUCAGCACCAAACAGAAAAAAGAAGACAUAUCAAGGCUC